CUGUCCUCGUGGCGAAGCCUCGAAUGGCAUUUUCGUAACACCAAAUGGGGCCGGGUGAGGCUGGAACCGUUGGCUGCGUUCAGUUCGUCUGCUAGGGACGACGAGGAUUGCAGGGACAUCUGACCGAUAGGCAGACCUGUGAAGAACGAACGUCGUAUCAAUCUCCGACGUCUGCGUUCGCCGCUCCCUGGACGAUUCGAGGACACGUGCUCGGGCGUCGGCCAGGAGUUCAAGCUCGAGCAGGAGUUGCCCACGUCGCUGUGUCUGUCGCCAUUACCGCGGCCGGAAGUGGUGCCUCCACCUGGACCCGGUCCACCGACGCCUGCCGAUCGAUCCCUGCUGCUCAGUCCACCGAACAAGCUAAUGUCACCCAAUGGGAGGACGAUAGAUCAAUCUUGGAUGAAGAAAAACGUGAUAAAACAAAAAUGGACUAGAUUUCUGUGAUUCAAGAAUCCUAAGGACCAACAAAAAUAAGGAGGUAUCGUCCCUUACCAGGAACAGAAAAUCGGAGGUAACUACCUAACGAGAGGCGGAUCACAGAAACGAUCCUGUUUCUUCGAUCUUGAUGUACCCGGUCUUCGUCCUUCGAACAAUGGAGGAAAUUAGGAACGUCCAGCUUCGAACACAAAGGAAUAUUCUGACGAAGCGGAUAUCUAGUUUUGCGGAGUAAUCUCUGUGUGAAAGGUACAGAGCUUUGAAAUGCGGGUGGUAAAAUGUUGUAACACCACUAGUAAACGUUAAAUUGAUAUUGUAUCCUCGUUGGACCGGGUUAAAUCAAUAUGGAAUUCCCAUUCGUGGUCAGAGACGAUUCAGUGACUGGCAGUCGCGACCAUAAACCAAGGAUCCUCUCCGCGAAUCGAACGAUACUCUCAAUUCUCUUAAUGCCAUAGGAACGGCCGGUAUAAUUUAGCGAGGGGUAGAGUCGGUUGGUAGCUGAUAGUGGAAAAGAAACACAAACCGUGGACGAUCGUCUCGUUGAAAAGAAAUUCAAUUCUUUGGAGGAGAAUUCCUGCCGCGAACCACUUUCUCGUUUGGUAGCCGCGUUUGACAUUUACCAUGAAGCAAGACUCGCCAUCAAUGUUACCGGUCCAUAACACGGAAUUAUCAGCCUCAGAGUACUACGACUUAGCAGCAACUCAGCCAGGGACAGGGUCGCCCUGUAAUCAGUAUGAAACUCUCAAGUAUACGCCUAGGUGAACCUAGUUAUUUGCAGAUCUGAUAAUAAAAAAAGGCUGGUUAGCAAAAGGAAGAAAAAUGGCGGCGAAAAAUCGGUACUCGUCGCGUUGGAAAGGCGAUUCGUGCCUCGUUGGUGGCCGACUAAUUUCGCCUGGCCCGGAAACCCAGAGUCUCGGUCUACUGCGUGCUCGAAUCGCAAAGAGGAACAGAUAGAGUCGAGGGGGGGGAGGGUGUGAGAAAGUAAGAGGAAGAUCGAGAGCCUCGGAAUAAAAGAAACAGCCCUUCCCGGUUGGUUUCCAGGAGACCUUGCAAUCUCUUCUCUCGUUCAUCGCCGCGCCAGCCCUUGCACCACCCACAUUUCGCGGGCUCCAGUGACGUCACACCGAAUACAUUCUGCAACCGGCACAGUUACGGUUAAAUGGGGUGAGCCCGACACUCCGCUUCAACCCCAUGAAAUGUUUUAUCCGACCAAUGGGGAAAACCUCCUACUACCGUGCGUCGACCAAUCCCGGUGAGAUCGUCAUUGAGAAGGACGCGUACGCGGAGGGGACCGAGGUCUUAAGAAGAGCAGAAGACACCGGUGCCGGGACACUGUUGCUCCGUGGCCCUUAAACGGCUGAAUCGCUCGACUCUCCUCCGUACGAUCGUCUCGAUAGAUCACUGUUAUCGGUUGAACCGUUAUUUUCGCGACACGUUACGUUGCAGACAUUUUAAGAGUCGUUUCCUCGAAGGAGAUCGUCAUGAGUGGAUCGGGUAAAGGGCUGCUCGGGGUGUGGCUGUACAGAAGAGGCGAACAGUGGGCCAUCAAAGAAGGAAGCCCCAUACACAAGCCCAGCGAAAUCCCCAUGGUGGACCGUCGACCGGGCAACGACAACAAAAGCUCCGUCGUUUUUUCGUUGAAGAAUCAAGUGGGCGGCUUGGCGCGGGUACUGCAGGUCUUCCAGGAUCUGGGUGUAAACGUUGUGCACAUCGAGUCUCGUAAAUCGCUGCGCCGUGGCUCGGAGUUCGAGAUCCUGGUCGACGUCGAGUGCGACUCGAGCAGGAUGGAACAGUUGACGAGGAUGUUGAAUCGCGAAGUGGCGGCCAUUAAUUUGGCGCAGUACGAUCAGAUGGGGAAUAUACCCCACGGUCCGUCGCUUUCCGCCGCUCCGAGUUUCGAUUUCAGUGAAGUGGACAUGCCCUGGUUCCCACGAAAAAUAUCGGAUUUAGAUCAGUCCCAGAGAGUGCUGAUGUACGGAACCGAAUUAGACGCAGAUCAUCCUGGCUUCAAGGAUCCGGUGUAUCGCAAGCGUCGCGAACAGUUCGCGGACAUCGCGAGCAGCUACAGAUACGGCCAACCGAUUCCUCGCAUUCAAUACACGCCGGAGGAAAUCAAAACGUGGGGAACUGUUUUCCGCGAAUUGCAUCAGCUCUACUUGAAACAUGCUUGCAAAGAAUAUUUGGAGAAUUGGCCAAAGCUGGUGAAAUAUUGCGGUUAUAGGCAGGACAAUAUACCGCAACUGCAAGACGUGAACGCCUUUCUGAAACGAACGACUGGGUUUCAACUUCGACCUGUUGCCGGCUACCUUACCCCGCGAGAUUUUUUAGCCGGUCUCGCUUUCCGUGUAUUUCAUUGCACGCAGUACAUUCGACAUUCGUCGGAUCCCUUUUACACCCCUGAACCAGACUGUUGUCACGAAUUGCUGGGGCACAUGCCGCUUCUAGCGAACCCAAGUUUCGCUCAGUUCUCCCAAGAACUUGGACUCGCAUCUCUCGGAGCUUCGGACGAGGACAUCGAUAAAUUGGCAACGCUAUACUUCUUCACCGUGGAGUUCGGAUUAUGCAAACAGGACGGCGUGCUUCGCAUUUACGGGGCUGGUUUGUUGUCCUCCGUUGCAGAACUGAAACACGCGGUAUCCACGCCCGAGAAGACGUUUCGAUUCGAGCCGGAAAUCACUUGUAAACAGGAGUGCAUAAUCACUGCGUUUCAGAAUGCGUAUUAUUAUACGGAUAGUAUCGAGGAAGCGAAAGAGAAAAUGCGAUCGUUUGCAAAUGGAAUACAGCGUCCAUUCGGAUUACGCUACAAUCCAUAUACGCAGUCGGUGGAGGUCCUAACCGACGCUCAAAAGAUCACCGCGGUGGUCAGUGAACUUAGAGGCGAUCUAUGUAUCGUUUCGAACGCUCUAAAAAAGAUCCACGAACAGGAUGACACGGUGGACGUCGAAAGGAUAACCAAUCUUUUAACCCACGGUUUCGAAAUGGCUCAAGAUAAUUCGUCAUCCGACAGCGAUAUCGAUAAAAGCCCGAACGUCGAAACGCCGCAGACGUCCGUGUCGGGCGAAAAUAAAGAAAAAUUGCCUUCCGGCGACAAUACGAUAACCGCGAGAGAUUAAAUAGUUCUUCUAUAUAGACGUGUUGAAAUGUAAUGCGUGUUGUAAAUUGUUAUUAGUUGGAGGACGUUAUGUCUGUAAAUGUUAUCUGCGUAUAAGAACCGUUAGAAAAAGAAACAAACUAGAUGUUACGUCGUGUACGGUGCAGACCCAUUGACCGAUCAUGGCAACAAAAAGAAUGCGCCCUAAUAGAUGUGUAACAUGCAUGCGUGAAAUAAUUUAUGCUUUGUAGGAUAUUUAUCUGGCCGAUUGUUGAGGCCACGUUGUGUAAAAAGGAAAUAAAUUCGCAGUUACGUA